AUUAGCAAUCACUUCACUUUCCUUGCUUAGGGUUUUUAUAAACUGUGUAUCGUAGACCUUCCUUUCAUUUAAUUUCCCGUGAAUCUAGCUACCACAACGUAGGGAUCCUGCGUAUUAAUUAGAGAGAGAAAGAGUGAGUGUUUCUAAAUGGAGGAAUACACUAAUAAUAGCAACAAUAAUCAAAGCCCAAGUUCAAGUUCAAGGGCAAGUUUCUUGUACUCUUCCUUUGGUGUUGGUGCUGCUACUUCUUCAAGCAUACCCCAUCACCUUCCAAUUAACACCUUUCAUCUUCUUCAUCAUCAUCAAUCUGAAGCUGCUGCUGGAUCCGAUCACUGCUUUCAAUCCCAUCAAGUACCAUCCGUCAAAACCGAACCCAGAAACUCCUCGCAGCAGAUUUUCAACUAUCCUCUCAUGAGACCCAAUGAUCUUCAUCAUUCGAGCGACCAAGGAGGAACCCAAAACUCCAACGAUGAUGUUGAAGCCAUCAAAGCCAAAAUCAUCGCCCAUCCUCACUACUCUAAUCUCUUACAAGCCUACAUGGAUUGCCAAAAGGUAGGAGCUCCGCCGGAAGUGGUGGCGCGUUUAAGCGCGGCUCGGCAGGAAUUCGAGGCACGGCAGCGCUCUAUGGUUGGUUCCACCAGGGAAGCUUGCGGCAAGGACCCUGAACUUGACCAAUUCAUGGAGGCAUACUAUGAUAUGCUUGUGAAGUACCGAGAGGAACUUUCAAGGCCUAUACAAGAGGCUAUGGACUUCAUGCGCAGGAUUGAAACUCAGCUUAAUAUGCUUUCCAGUGGACCCCUUCGCAUCUUCUCUGAUGAUAAAUGUGAAGGAGUGGGUUCAUCGGAAGAGGAUCAACAAGAAAACAGUGGCGGGGAAGAAGAAUCAGAAGUAGCGCCGGAGAUUGAUCCUCGGGCAGAAGACCGUGAACUGAAGAACCACUUGCUUAGAAAGUACAGCGGCUACUUAAGCAGCCUGAAGCAAGAACUGUCAAAGAAGAAGAAGAAAGGAAAACUCCCAAAAGAUGCCAGGCAAAAGCUACUUACCUGGUGGGAGCUACAUUACAAAUGGCCUUAUCCUUCGGAAUCAGAGAAGGUAGCAUUGGCAGAAUCAACAGGACUGGAUCAGAAGCAAAUAAACAACUGGUUCAUAAAUCAAAGGAAGAGACACUGGAAACCAUCUGAAGACAUGCAAUUCAUGGUCAUGGAUGGACUCCAUCCGCAUAAUAAUCAUCAGAACGCAUCUCCUCUCUACAUGGAUUCCCAUUAUGUUAUGCCUGAUGGACAUUACCGCUUACCACCAUAAUUAACUCAAUUCUCGUAUAUAUAAUACAAUGUAGCCAGCUAUCUGGCACAAAGAAUGAGAUAUGGUUGCUGCUUUAACGAGUGCGUUUUGAGAGUACUUGAAUUCCAAUGUUUGCCUCAUAGUCUUCUACUAUUUUCUCUUCUUCUUUCUUUUCUCUCCCUUAUUAUUUGUUUAUUUAUUUAUCUAUCAAGUAUCAAGGAGUGCUAUAGUAAUUAAUUUUCCUUUAGUGUACGUUCGUGGCGUUGUGAUUUUCUUUAUUUGAUCCUUUUAUUUCAUCAAAUAUGGUUUUUCUUCCGGUCUGUAAUUUUGAUGUGUGAUGCUGUAUGUAUGUAUGAAUGCAGGAGGACUCAUUUGCCUUGUGGAACUUCUGUAACAUACUGAUGAAGUGUAUAUAAU